GGUAUUCUCGCGAGAUCCAAACUAUCCUACCACAUUCUAGUGCAAGAUGGAGAAGUAGAUGUAACACGCAUUCGAGAUUGUUUAAAGGAACUCAAAAGCAAUCCAAUGGAGGAAUGGUGAUGCUGUUCAGUCAAAGCAUUUUCUGGUAACCUGACUGGAACAUGCUCUGAAUUGGAUUUUGCCAAAUAAUUUCUGAGCAGCGGACGGAAAUUCUCCACGAUGAAGGUUGACAGAAGCAAGUUAAAGAAAACGCCUACAGAAGCUCCAGCUGACUGUAGGAUCCUUAUAGAGAAGCUAAAAGCAUGUCAUGAUGAGCAGCUACUGGUUGAACUGCAGCAAAUCAAGACUUGGAACAUUGGCAAGUGUGAGCUCUAUCAUUGGGUGGAUCUGCUGGAUCGCUUUGAUGGCAUUCUGUGCGAUGCAGGCCAGACAGUGGAGAAUAUGUCAUGGCUGCUCGUGUGUGACCGUCCAGACAAUGGACAGCUCAAAGCUUUGCUUUUGGCAGUGCUCAACUUCACAGCUCUGCUCAUCGAGUACAGCUUCUCUAGGCAUCUCUACAGUUCCAUAGAGCACUUAACGACCUUGUUAGCGUCAUGCGACAUGCAAGUGGUCCUGUCUGUGCUGAACCUACUGUAUGUGUUCAGCAAACGCUCCAACUAUAUCACAAGACUUGGAUCUGAUAAAAGAACACCUCUCCUGGCUCGCCUACAACACCUGGCUGAGAGCUGGGGAGGGAAGGAAAAUGGCUUUGGCCUGGCUGAAUGCUGCAGGGAUCUCGUUAUGACGAAGUACCCUCCAAGUGCCACCACACUGCAUUUUGAGUUUUACGCUGAACCAGGCCCAGAGGUCAAAGUGGACAGAAAGCAGACAAGUAGUAACACACUACACUAUAUUCACAUCGAGCAGCUUGACAAGAUUUCAGAAAGUCCAUCUGAAAUCAUGGAGUCGCUGACCGUGAUGUACAACAUCCCUAAAGACAAGCAGACCCUUCUGUUCACGCACAUUCGUCUGGCCCACGGUUUCUCAAAUCACAAAAAGAGGUUGCAAGCAGUGCAGGCCCGACUACAUGCCAUUUCUAUAUUGGUGUAUUCAAAUGCGCUCCAAGAGUCGGCCAACAGUAUUCUGUAUAAUGGCUUGAUAGAGGAGCUGGUGGACGUCUUGCAGAUCACAGACAAACAGCUUGUGGAUAUCAAAGCAGCAUCUCUGCGCACUUUAACAUCAAUAGUCCACCUGGAGAGGACACCCAAGCUUUCAAACAUCAUCGACUGCACCGGCACAGCGUCCUAUCACGGCUUCUUGCCGGUGUUGGUGCGCAACUGUAUACAAGCAAUGAUUGAUCCCUCCAUGGAACCAUACCCGCACCAGUUUGCCACAGCGCUCUUCUCAUUCCUGUACCACCUGGCUAGCUACGACGCUGGAGGGGAAGCCCUCGUUUCCUGUGGCAUGAUGGAAGCCCUUCUGAAGGUGAUCAAGUUCUUGGGUGAUGAACAGGACCAGAUCACCUUUGUGACACGAGCAGUGCGGGUUGUGGACCUCAUCACCAAUCUUGACAUGGCUGCCUUUCAGUCCCACAGCGGCCUUUCCAUUUUCAUUUGCAGACUAGAGCAUGAGGUGGACUUGUCACGGAAAGAGUGCCCUUUCGUCAUCAAGCCAAAGAUCCAGAGGCCCAGUUCGACUGUGGAGUCUGAGGACAUGGACACAGACAUGGAGAUGUCAGAAGUUGCCAUGGAGAGUAGCCCCGGACCAUCAACGUCUUCUGGUUCCAGGCCAGAGGUUGACCAGCGAGCGCAGAGCAGUUCCUCUAACACGCCUCGUACAGGCAUGCAGUGUAUCCCACAGAGGGCUGCUCUGUUGAAGUCGAUGCUAAAUUUCUUAAAGAAAGCCAUCCAGGAUCCUGCCUUCUCUGAUGGCAUUCGUCAUGUAAUGGACGGGUCCUUGCCUACCUCACUUAAACACAUCAUCAGUAACGCGGAAUACUAUGGCCCCUCACUCUUCCUCUUGGCGACAGAGGUGGUGACGGUUUUUGUGUUCCAGGAGCCCUCCCUGCUCUCCUCCCUGCAGGAUAACGGUCUCACUGACGUCAUGCUGCAUGCCCUUCUGAUCAAAGAUGUUCCUGCUACCCGUGAGGUGCUGGGUUCUCUGCCCAACGUGUUCAGCGCUCUCUGCCUGAACGCCAGAGGUCUGCACUCUUUUGUUCAGUGCCAGCCUUUUGAGCGCCUCUUCAAAGUGCUUUUGUCCCCCGACUACCUGCCUGCCAUGCGUCGGCGGCGUAGCUCCGACCCUUUGGGUGACACUGCAUCUAACUUGGGAAGUGCUGUGGAUGAGCUCAUGAGGCACCAGCCCACUUUAAAGACAGAUGCCACUACUGCCAUUAUUAAGUUGCUGGAGGAGAUCUGCAACUUGGGUCGAGCCCCAGAGUACAUCUGCCAGAAACCGUCUAUCCAAAAAGCAGACGGUACCGUGGCAGUGCCACCUGCGCGCUCCAGUCAUGCCGCUGAAGAAGCUUCAAGUGAAGAUGAAGAGGAAGAAGAGGCCCUCCACACGUUCAGCCAGCAGCAGGGGGAGCCAGAGAGCAACAGACAGUCAGUGCCACUUGAACUGGUUGUUGGGACUGAAGAACGGAUACCCAUUCCACUGAUGGACUAUAUUCUUAACGUGCUGGCACGUCUCUUCCUGGCCAGCUUAGCAGCGGCCGGCACAGGCACCGAUGCCCAGGUGGCUCUGGUGAAUGAAGUUAAAGCUGCGCUUAGUCGAGCCCUAGCAAUGACAGAAGGUGCUGAAAAACAUGCCAGGCUUCAGGCGGUGAUGUGCAUUAUCAGCACCAUAAUGGAGUCCUGUCCCUCCACGUCGACUUUCUAUAGCACAGCUGCUGCCAAGACUCAACAUAAUGGCAUGAACAACAUUAUAAGACUCUUUCUCAAGAAAGGGCUGGUCAAUGACUUGGCACGUGUGCCUCAUAGCCUAGAUUUGUCCAGUCCCAACAUGGCCAAUACGGUGAAUGCGGCACUAAAGCCUCUGGAGACUCUGUCACGCAUCGUGAACCAACCCAGCAGUCUUUUUGGAGGCAAAGGUGGCUCCAGCAAGAGCAAGACAGAAAACGAAACCGUGGGCACAGCCAGGGAUAGCAACAGCAACACACAGGAUCAAGGAGAGGCAGGAGAAACGGAGCCAGUGGAUGGCAGCCACAGGGUUCAGGGAGCAGACGCCGACCUCAUGGAUGGAGAAACAGAAGGAGACACGGUGGUCAUCGCCGGGCAGCCGGAGGUUCUCAGCACACAAGCCAUGCAGGUUGAGAAUGAGUUGGUGGACCUUAUUGAUGAGCUGUUGGAGAGAGAUGUCGGUACUGCAAAUAGUGCAAUAAUAGUUGGACGAAGCGGUGGGGAUGAAUCACAAGAGGACGUGUUGAUGGAUGAGGUCCCAUCCAACAUCAGCCAGGCGUCCACUCUUCAGGCUAACCGUGAAGGAACUUUGUGUGUAACUUCUUCACUAGACUCGAUGAACAUCCUUGAACCGGAGGACGAGGAGCAUACACAAGAGGAGGACUCGAGCGGCAGCAACGACGACGAAGACAGUCAGGAUGAGGAAGAGGAGGAGGAGGAAGAGGAGGAGGAGGACCAGGAUGAUGAAGAGGGGGAUGAGGAUGAUGACGAUGAAGGGUCAGAGAUGGAGCUGGAUGAAGAUUUCCCCGACAUCAACGCUGCGCCGCACAUUCGCUUUGAAAGGUUCGACAGGGAUGAUGACCUCAUCAUAGAGUUCGACAACAUGUUUUCCAACAACGCUGAUAUCCCUUCCUCCCCAGGGAACAUCCCCAGCUCCCACCCUCUGAUGGUGCGCCACGCUGAUCACAGCUCCCUCACCUUAGGCGUGGGCGGCUCCAGCAGCCGCCUGGCGCAGGGCAUGGGUCGCAGCCAGCGGACGCUCCGUCAGCUCACUGCCAACAGCGGACACACCAUCCACGUCCACUACCCACAUAACCGCCAGCCCAAUCCUCCGCUCAUUCUGCAAAGAUUGCUGGGCCCCAGUGCAGCUGCAGACAUUUUACAGCUGUCCAGCUCCCUGCCUCUGCAGUCUCGUGGUCGCGCCCGGCUUUUGGUCGGAAACGAGGAUGUUCACAUCAUCGCUCGUUCUGAUGAUGAAUUGCUGGAUGAUUUCUUCCAUGAACAGAGCAGCACCGGGGGACAAGCAGGUACUCUCUCCAGUAUUCCCACUGCCUUAACUAGAUGGACAGACGAGUGCAAAGUUCUGGAUGCUGAGAGCAUGCACGACUGUGUAGCAGUGGUGAAGGUGCCGAUCCUGCAGCAUCUGGAGAGUCUAAGAGACGAGGAGCUGGAAGAACGCAGGGAGAAGAGGAGGAGGCAGCUGGCUGAGGAGGAGGAGUCCAAGCAGAAUGAGAGGAGAGCAUCUGGAGCAGAGCAAGUCAGGGAACAGAGCCUACAGGGUUCUGGAUUGGGAACAGUUAAUGGUGCGGAGAACACUGCAGAGGGUGAGCAGGCUCAGGAGGGUCCGAUGGCAUGCCUGGACACACCCAGGGUCUCAGAGGGCUUCCUCACUGCUCCCCCGUCUGGAGAGGUCACCCCCACCACCCCUGCUCCCCAUGAACAGGCCCUGGUCUCCCUGGAGACCGCCAUUAGCCAGCAAGUCCACCAGCCGAUCGCCGACCUCCUCCUGGCCGAGUCGCAUGCCAGCUCACUGGCUGCUCUGGCGGGGGCUGGACUUACCACCCUGUCAGACACUCAGAGACCAAACACCGAAGCAGAGGCAUCUCAGAUGGAAAUGUCCCCGGCUCCCACAACUGGUGAGAGAGUUGGAGGAGGUGGUGGAGGAGGAGCAUUGGAUGAAGGCAGGGAAGCCUCCCUAAGCCCCGAUAUUGUGGAGAACGCUGAACCCGCAGCGGUUGGCGUGUCCCAGCUGGAAGGAUCCCCCAUGGAUACCAGCAGCCCCGCGUCGGCCACCCAGGAAGAAGCAGCUCCCAACCCGCCUCAGACCACCCAGCUGUCCCAGGAGCUGUCUGGCAGCAGGGAGAGCGGGCUGACCGACAGGCAGACGGACGCAGACACCGGCUCCACGUCUGUUUCAUCUCCUGGGGAGACGAUGCCUAGGAGCGACAGCGCUGAUAGUCAGUCCCAGGCCAUCCAGGAGGAGCCUCUCCCAUCCACCAGCAACGAGGAGGAAGACCCACUUGCCGGUAUCAGCUUGCCAGAGGGCGUGGAUCCUUCUUUCCUUGCGGCCCUUCCAGAAGACAUCCGUCGAGAGGUCCUGCAAAAUCAGCUCGGCAUCCGACCGCCGUCACGUCCUCCUGCUGCCACAACCUUACCCUCCACCACAGCGCCUGUGCUCGGAGGACCAGGGGUUACCGAGGUCAGCCCCGAGUUCCUGGCAGCUUUGCCACCUGCUAUUCAGGAAGAGGUUCUGGCCCAGCAGCGAGCUGAGCAGCAGCGAAGAGAGUUAGCUCAGCAGCCUCCAACGGGAGACACUCCCCUGGAUCCGGUGACUUUCAUCCAGACGCUACCCUCUGAGCUCCGGCGUAGCGUUCUUGAGGACAUGGAAGACAGUGUGUUGGCUGUCAUGCCUCCAGACAUUGCUGCUGAGGCAGCUGCGUUGCGUAGAGAGCAAGAGGUGCGUCAGAGACAGCUAAUGCAUGAGAGGCUGUUCGGUCAUAGCUCAUCUUCUGCCCUUUCAGCCAUCCUACGCUCCCCUGCCUUUACCAGCCGGUUAGGAAGCAACCGCGGGGUCCAGUACACCCGUCUGGCUGUCCAGAGAGGAGGACCGUUUCAGAUGGGUGGGGGAACAAACCACAGGCCGUCCAGCUCCAGUGUGGACUCUCUGCUGCGCCUGCGUGGCCGCUUGCUGCUGGACCACGAGGCGCUGUCCUGCCUGCUGGUUUUGCUGUUUGUGGACGAGCCGAAGCUCAACACCAGCCGCCUGCACCGUGUGCUCAGGAACCUCUGCUACCACUCUCAGACCCGCGGCUGGGUCAUCCGCAGCCUGCUGUCCAUCCUCCAGCGCAGCAGCGAGAGCGAGGUCUGUCUGGAGACGACGCGCCUGGAAGAUUCCCGUGGAAAGAGGAGCUCCCAGGGAGGCUGCGGAGGAAAAGGCUCGACCACCUCUUCCCUCUCCUCGUCGUCGUCGUCGUCCUCCUUAGAGCUGCUGAACAGGGUGGAGUCUCGAAGCGCGAGCCAGCUCUCUUGGCUCUCGGUCUCUAUGGACGCAGCCCUGGGCUGCCGGACAAACAUUUUUCAGAUUCAGCGGGCGUCGGGCAGGAAGCAUGCCGACCGGCAUUCAGCCGGCAGCUCCACAGCAUCCGGAGCGCUGGGAGUAUCGGGCGGAGCUACAGGAGUCACGUGCGCUGGAGGCGGAGGCUCCACAGUUCACAUCCACCCGCAGGCUGCGCCGGUGGUCUGCCGACAUGUGCUGGACACGCUUAUCCAGCUAGCUAAGGUGUUCCCGAGCCACUUCACCCAGCAGCGAUGUAAGGAUGUGUCAGCAGCUGCGUCUGAUCUGGAGUCUCGCCUUUGUGCCGCUUCAUCUGGGGCAGGAAGCAUUGGGAGCUCCCGGUCAGCCUCUCAGUCUCAGAGUAACCCUAACACUCAGAACUCCUUGGGCUCCUCUGUAGCGACGCCUCAGUCUUUGGGCAUCUCCACGGAUUUCUGGGAUCUGCUCGUAAAGCUCGACAACAUGAACGUCAGCCGCAAGGGGAAGGCCUCUAUGAAGACGGUGCCCCUGGGUGGCGGCGCAGAAGCGGAGGGAGCCCAGUUCAGCUUAGAGACGUCCCCUCUUGGCCAGCUGAUGAACAUGCUUUCUCAUCCCGUAAUCAGGCGGAGCUCCUUGCUCACCGAGAAGCUGCUGCGCCUUCUCUCCCUCAUAUCGAUCGCCCUGCCCGACAACAAGGCGACAGAGGUGCCCGCCGGACACCCGACCCCGCAGGCCGCCAACCCCACCACGGCUAGCUCAGGGCCCACAGUGGCGAUCACGACACAAGGCGCAGCGUUGGCGGGCUCCACCCAGCCCACUGUGACCGCACCGGGCGCCUCUGGAGGAGCUGCAGCUCAGGGUACAUCCUCAGGAACGAGCAUCACAGUCUCACAGGCCUCCUCUACUACGAUCUCUAUACCCACAUCCACUGGAAUAACCUCUGCAGGAAAAGCGAGGGGUCCUACUAUGAGCACAGAGAGCGAUAAGAUGGUCUCUACAGGACUCACUGAGAAACAGCUUCAACUGUCUGUGGAGGUGCUGACAUCUCACUCCUGUUCAGAGGAGGGUCUAGAGGAUGCUGCUAACAUUCUGCUGCAGCUGUCCAGAGGAGACGGAUCCACCAGAGACACGGUCCUCAGACUGCUGCUUAGUGGAGCCAGGCACCUCGGAUACACGCUCUGCAAGCAGAUCGGCACAUUACUGGCUGAGCUGAGGGAGUACAACUUGGAGCAGCAGAGGCAGGCGCAAGCCGACUCGCAUUCCCCAGAUGCACCUCCAGAGGAUCCCUCCCUGUCGGCCAGGUUAAAGGGCAAGAUGACCAGCAGGUUGGCGCACAGGUUCGACGGGUCGGAGAGCGUGGUGAUCGUGGCGGCACAGAAGCGCACGCUCGGCGGGCGUGAGCUGCAGCUUCCCUGCAUGAGCUCGCUGACGUCCAAAACCUCCACGCAGAAGUUCUUCUUGCGAGUGCUGCAGGUGAUCAUUCAGCUGCGCGAGGACACGCGACGUGCCAACAAGAAAGCCAAACAAACCGGCCGGUUGGGCGCCAGCGGUCUGGGCUCGGCCAGCAGCAUCCAGGCCGCGGUGCGGCAGCUCGAGGCUGAAGCCGACGCCAUCAUUCAGAUGGUGAGAGAAGGCCAGCGUGCACGUCGGCUCCAACAGGCCCCCCCACCCACCGCUCCUGCUGCAUCUGCCGCCGGAUCGUCAGCGGCUGCCCCCCAUGCUCCCGCUGGCGCUGCUCCCCCUACUGGCACGGCUGCUGCUGCCACGUCUGAAGUGCAGUCAGCGCCAGAAGCUCAGUCAGCACAAAGAGAUGAAUCUCCAAUGGACGUUGACCAGCCGUCUCCUCUGGAGCAGGACGGCGCCCCUCUGGACGAAGAAGGAAAUGCUCAGUCGGAGAGUGAGGAGAAGCUGCCAGACCUUCCUCUACUCAGCGAGCAGCUGCUGCUGGAUGAACUGUGGGACAUGCUUGGGGAGUGUCUGAAAGAGCUGGAGGAGUCUCACGACCAGCAUGCUGUGCUGGUGCUCCAGCCUGCUGUGGAGGCCUUCUUCCUGGUUCACGCCACAGAGCGAGAGAGCAAGCCGCCUGUCAGGGACACGCGAGAGAGCCAGCUUUCACACAUCAAAGACGAGCCUCCGCCUCUGUCCCCGGCUCCCCUCACACCCGCCACUCCUUCGUCCCUGGACCCGUUCUUCUCCAGAGAGCCGUCCUCCAUGCACAUCUCCUCCAACCUUCCACCAGACACCCAGAAAUUCCUCCGCUUUGCUGAAACUCACCGCACAGUGCUUAAUCAGAUCCUGCGACAGUCGACCACUCACCUGGCUGACGGGCCUUUUGCAGUAUUAGUUGACUACAUACGGAUCCUGGACUUUGACGUUAAGAGGAAGUACUUCCGCCAGGAGUUGGAAAGACUGGACGAAGGCCUGAGGAAGGAGGACAUGGCUGUGCAUGUCAGACGGGAUCACGUGUUUGAGGAUUCAUACAGGGAACUGCACCGCAAGAGCCCCGAGGAUAUGAAGAACCGGCUGUACAUCGUGUUUGAAGGAGAGGAGGGUCAGGAUGCCGGUGGCCUGCUCAGGGAGUGGUACAUGAUCAUUUCCCGGGAGAUGUUCAACCCCAUGUACGCCCUGUUCCGCACGUCACCUGGCGACCGCGUCACCUACACCAUCAACCCCUCGUCUCACUGCAACCCCAACCACCUCAGCUACUUCAAGUUCGUGGGUCGCGUCGUGGCCAAGGCGGUGUACGACAACCGGCUGCUGGAAUGCUACUUCACCCGCAGCUUCUACAAACACAUCCUGGGCAAGAGUGUCAGGUACACGGACAUGGAGAGUGAGGACUACCCCUUCUUCCAGGGUUUGGUGUACCUGUUGGAGAACGACGUGUCCACGCUGGGCUACGAGCUGACGUUCAGCACAGAGGUCCAAGAGUUUGGGGUGUGUGAAGUCAGAGACCUCAAGCCAAACGGAGCCAACAUUAUUGUCACCGAGGAGAAUAAAAAGGAGUACGUGCAUCUGGUGUGCCAGAUGAAGAUGACGGGUGCAAUCCGCAAACAACUAGCUGCCUUCCUUGAGGGCUUCUACGAGAUCAUCCCCAAGAGACUGAUCUCCAUCUUCACGGAGCAGGAGCUGGAGCUGCUCAUCUCUGGCCUGCCUACCAUCGACAUCGACGACCUGAAGGCCAACACCGAAUAUCACAAAUACCAGUCCAGCUCUAUUCAGAUCCAGUGGUUCUGGAGAGCCCUGCGGUCCUUUGAUCAGGCAGACCGGGCCAAGUUCCUGCAGUUUGUCACCGGCACAUCCAAGGUUCCCCUGCAGGGAUUCGCUGCUCUAGAAGGCAUGAACGGCAUCCAGAAGUUCCAGAUCCACCGCGACGAUCGCUCAACCGACCGUCUGCCAUCUGCUCACACCUGCUUUAACCAGCUAGACCUUCCAGCCUAUGAGAGCUACGAGAAGCUGAGACACAUGCUGCUGCUGGCCAUUCAGGAAUGCUCAGAGGGCUUCGGCCUGGCUUAGACCACCAGACUCAGAGACACGCAUACACCUAAUUAGUUUGCCUCCUCCUGACACAUUCAUACUGAUAACCUCUGAACGCACGCACACACUAUCAUAGACAUGACUGGAUUACUUGUUGAGCGGCCUAGGCUUUGCUGGUUUCUAUUCCAUGUAAAACCGAUAAAACCAGCGAGUGAAAUAGACUGAUGGAGAUUGCGUACAACACAGAGAGCCUCAUUCGGACACGCUCGUGUCUCCCUUCCCAAUUUAUCGCAAAUGCAAGCGAGGAUUCAUGGACUAAUAAGAGAUGUUUUCUUCAUUUAGUUUGAUUUCUCUGUACAAAAGGUUUGGGAGUUUAUUAUGUUCAAUCUUUUUUUUUCUUUUCUUUUUUUUUUUUUGUUCUCUGGCUGUGUAAAAAGAAAAAAAAAAGAAUGUUGUUUGAACAGGAUGGUUAUAAAACCUUUGGGGAAAAAAAAUGUUGGUGGUUUCCUGUUGCGAAUUUGUGACAUCACAAGCCUUGACAAUGGGGAACAUUUUUACCGGGGGUGUAUGAACAACUCAAAAGUUUUGGAGAUAUUCACCAAAAUGCACUUUUCAAAGUUUUGUGGCAUUUUUAAGGAAGGAUGAUACAAACGAUGAAGAGAAAAACCUUAAAGUGAUUUAAAAAACCGUUAACCGUAAAUUCUAGAGUAUUUUUGGCUAUUAAACCGCUGACCCAGCCUUGAGCCUUUGAACCAGAGUGGAAUAACUACAUGAAUAAAUGCAUAAAAUUUCA